AGAAGAUGUAUAAUUACAAGCCAAAGAAGUACUCUAAGGGUAUAUCUAAGAAAACUACGGCAAGUUUUGCAUCCCAUCUCAGCCAAUUGAAGAAAGCAGCUGCAAAUAAUGACAAGCAUGGUUCAAAGAUGUUCAAUGAAUUUAGCAGAGCUCAUGCUAAUAAGAAGGAUAAAUUUGAGAACUCGUCUUCAUUUAAGUAUUCUUCUAAAGACUACUCUUCAUCCAGAAAGGCUGCCAAGAGUGCCAGUAGGAGUAGCCACUAUACCUCUUCUAAAGGAUUUAUGUCCUCUGAUCGUAAAAGGCACAGAUCGACUAAAAGGAACAAAAGAAUGGAGAAUAGAUACAACAGUAAUAAAUUACUUGAGUACAAGCGGACGCCAUCUAAAUCUAAGAAGAGGACUCUCAAUGGCAACUGUACCAAUAGCGGCUUCUUGGCUUCUUCUAAACAUGGCUCAAGACACAGCAUCAAGGAUAACCAUUUGAAUAACUCAAGAGAUUUCUACAGCGACCGAAGGACCAAGACUAAGAAAUAUGAUAAAAGAUCUAUGUCUAGUGGGAUUAGGAAAGCCAAGGACCUCUAUUUGUCUGAGGAUCAUAAGACCUCUCCUCAACAAACAAGCUCGAAGAAGGAGAGAAGUUACUAUAAGAAAUAUGAAGAGUCUAUGAAAAAGGGUUCAAAGAGCAAAAAGGCCCAUUACCCCGCUGGUAUUAAUUAUGUAUUCUCCCAGCCAUCCGCUGGAGGUGUGAAGGUAAUAAAGCAACAUAAUAUCGCAAAGAAGCAUGUAGAUCAUAAUUGCGUCAAUUCAUCCUUUCAAUAUAAGGCUAUUAAUGAUAUGUUGAGCUCAAGUAGUCCUAAAGAUGCUCUAAACCAAUCCGCAUCAGCUGUAAAACGGAGUAGCCUUGGGUCUAGCCAGCUGAAUGAGAACAGGAGGAUGACUGGUUUUAAUGCUCCUCCUCACAAGAGCAGGCACCAGGUCCAUUACAGGAUGAGCAGUUCUUCUAACAACACUAAGAUGAGUGACAAUAGGUCCAGCUCAAUGGUACAUCAGUCAGAGUUGACUCCACUCCAUUCAAAUUGUACGAAAACUGUGAAGAUGAAGAACACUAAUGAAGACUCUUUGAUUGGGUCCAAUGCCUAUAAGGUCUCGACAAUGGAGAACUCAAUCAAAAAGAAUGUGAAAAAGUCAUUGAAUUUAAGUAGCAAUCAGUAUCACGAGUAUCCCACUACCACGGAUUGGCACUCAAGCUUAGUUAACCCUACUGAAGAAAACGUUGAAGAGCUUCACCACUGCUUCGUAAUGCUCUACCAAAAGAAGAGGAGAAUUAUCGACAAAAUCGAAAAAGUCAAGAAGGCAGUUCCAAAUACGAAUAAAAAAAGCAAGAGAAGGACCAAAAGGUCCGGGUCUGCUAAGAGAAGAAGGGAACACACAGGUGAGACAACUGAAGACGAUGCUCAGUAUGAGUAUAUUACACAAAAGAAUAGCAAUGUCGAGCUCUGUGUCCAGGAUAUUGAUUUAUUCUAAAGUUAUACCAAAAAUCAAAGAAUUUUUCUCUCAA